CAGCUGAGCAAGUUGACAUUUGUUUGUUAUGAUUUUGCUCAACUACAAUACACAUUGAAGAAACGACGCCAAGGGCGCUGCGGGAGGAGAAUCAAACAUAUAGCAAAGUGUAUGGUCGCGAGGGGCAAUUGUUUGCAUGCUGCCAUACCACGAAACGAAGUAAUAGAAAGAGAGUCACACCGUUUGUGGAAGCUCGCUGUGUGUGUGUUUUUUUUGAGUGGUAUAGGAAAGGAUGCCGUACAUCUUGGUAGAAACGACUACUCCCACCGGCGGCAAAGAGCUGCUAGCUGCACCGGCCGCCUGGAUCCAAAAGAAGGCUGACGGCACGGCUUAUCUGUGCUGGCCGUUUGCUACAAGCAUACGGAAGCUGAAUACAUUGUUCCAAGACGAGUACAGCAUUCCGUCGGAGGUGUGGGAAAGGCUUGAGUGUGAAAUUUUGUGCCGCAACAUUCUGUCGCUCUCGUCGGCGGACAAGAUGAUCGAAACGAUGGAAAGCAGCUGGCUGAACGAGCCGAAACCGGCAGCACGAGUAACGGCACAACGAUCAAACGAUCCUUUUGCGAACCGGCUGAGCAAUGGCGGUGUGCAGAAGCUGCUGUCCAGCCCCACCGCCCAGCCGGACGAUGAUCCGCUCGGGGAUGUGAAACCGUGCCCCCAGAUGCUGGACCUACUGUACGAGCUGAAGAGUCUGAUACUGGCGAACCAGGAAGAGUUGCGGCAGAAUCUAAAGGAGGGAUUCGGAAGGGUGGACAAGUCCGUUAAAUCGAUGAACGACAAGUAUCUGGAAUCGAAUGCGGUACAGUACGAACUUGGGCGGGCGGAUGCGAACGCGUUCCAGGCGGGACGGAUGGAUGCGACCGUGUGCCAGCUGGUCGAACAGCCGGAGAAGUUUAAGGUCGACUUGCUCACCGAGAUGGAAGCGGUAGAAGAGUUUGAGAAGCGUCUGAAGGACGAUGACUAUCGCACCCAGGUGUGCCAGUGGAUCGACGCGAGCGUGGGACACAUGCGGCAGUCCGAGCAUCGGAUGCACACGUUGUUGGACCUCAUCAUCGAUCGGAAGCUGUUCGCUGGCUUCAGCUGGACCGGCGGCGGGAAGAACAAACGGGCGCUGAACGCGCAAAAGAACAUACUGAACUUGUUCGAGUACGCCGGUACCACCUCCGUGUACCGGGCGGAUCACGUGUCAGUGGAGAAUUUCAUGCGCAAAAAGCUUCAGAACUCGACCAGCAGGAUAAAGGUGAAGGGUGUGCGCAGGAGUGUGCCACGUCCCGGUCGUAAGGGGCUAAACCGAGUGGGAGACGAGAUCAUUAGAAUUAUUCCGAAACAGAUUAAGUUGACAUCAUCUACUCAUGCGCGAAGUCCUGCAGCGGUGGCGGAUGCGACUCAAGGGCAAUCAUCACCCUCGUCAUCGAUACCGAUGGCUGUGAGUGUACCGGCAAAACCGAUCAGAUCGGAAACGAUAGUAGUGAAGCAAGAUGCUACCAUGUUCAUAGACGGUGUGGAUGAGUUUGAGGAAAUGUUGGACAUUAGACGAUUGCAGAAGUAAACCGCACACGUGUGGUUUUUGAGAGAGGCUUACGGAUGUGGAAGCAACAAGAAGCAAAAUUUAAUCAGCCAAAAAUAAUUCAUACUGUACGUUACUUUAUAAGGUACAAUGAAUAUCGCAAGGAAUUGUUGUGCAACUUUAAGCAUGGAAUGUUUAAAUUGUAACGUUACACAAGUUCGUUACCUUAACCAGUCGAUUAGGUUUACUCGGAAGUAGUGUUUAAAAACGACAUUUAAUUCAAGAUUAAAUUAGAUUUUUUAAAUAAGGUCCAAUUCUGUAUCCAGAUUUCACUUAAUGAACUCACUAAGACUCGUCGGAUUUGGCAAUGCCAAGACGAACUUUAUCCAGUAGUCGAUUUGUGUACCUACACCUAAUGUUCAUCGAGUAUAGCCAUUUAUGAACGUUCUCGUUCUGAACUCAUUAAAAUCUCGAAUGAUGGAUAUGUGUUACAUUUUUGAAUGAUACACUCUAGAUGGGAAAAUAUUACAAUAUUUUUGCUUUAAAAGAUAGUUGUAAUUAAGUUGUAAUGACGUACUAAUUCGGAAGAACAUAUGCACUGUAAAUUGUACUUUGAAUAAGCUAAAGAAUAAAUCGUAAAGAAUUUUA